AUGAAGUCCAAAACAGGAACGCUGCGCUCCCCUGCUUCGUCCACACCGAAUAGAUUUGGCUCACGGCGCCCAAUGUCAAACGUCACCAACUUCAACGUGAGCUUAAGAGCGAGAGCGUUUGACCAACCAAAUGAGGCAGAGUUCGAUAAAGAGAAUGACUCGGGUUUCCUCAGCAAGGAGGUCCUUCUUCUAAAGAAGCUCUUACGCGAGAAGGAAAGAAUGCUUAUCCUGCAGAAUGAUCAGAUGCAAGCCAUGCAAGCCAAUCUUAUACAGACGAUGCGUCGGAGCUCUGCGCUUAACAAUGAGAUCAUCCAGUACAACGAACUUGCCGAAGCACGGAACCAGCUGACUCUUCUCAAGCACGAACGCAAUCAGAUGGUGUCCUUGCGGAAGCUUCAUGCACAUGAGACGUCACUGCAAAUUGACGCUCUCUCUGAAAGGGUUGACCAGCUGCAACGAGAAAAGAACGAGCUGUUGCGGAUGAGGUGCACCAAAGAGGAGCGCCAGAAUGGCGUGGCGAGCAGCCUGCAAAGAGCGAGCAAAAUGCAGGGCGACCUGGACGUCGAUGUCCACCGGGUCAGAGAUCGCUCGAGGACUAAGACAGGUAGCUUGGCCAGACGUACUUCCAACGGACCACAACCGAGGGAGACUACGGGUGCCAAGGAUAGCCAUACUGGUUCACGAUCGGAUUCGGAAAUAAUCCAACCGCGAAGGCUUGGUUUCGGUCUACGCAACACCGUACCCGUCAGCUACGCUGAGCCGUCACUGAGAGCGAAGAUGCGGCGGGACGAUGCUGCCAGCUUCCCCGUUGCAAUCGACGAACUUUCUCUGCUCAAAAUUCCAAAGUCAGUCGCCCCGAAGAUGAGCCAGAUCGAAGAGGCUUCGGAAUGGACUGGCCAGGAGGCGCCGCAGACUAAUGUGCACGCUACUCGUUCUGCGAAGCCAACCCGCGCACAGCUUGUCGAGAAUCCGAGCAGCGGUAAGAAGGUUAGCACAGACCUACCGGAAAGGUCGCUGUCUCCCUCUUUGAGUCCUGAAAGAAGGCGGUACCUAAGGAGAUCAAAGCAGCCCGUAAGCUAUAAAGAGCCGUCCCUUGCUACGAAGUUGCGCAGGUCAUAA